CCGGCCAACAUAAGCGCCAAACCGCUACCAACUAACGGUUCUGGUGUUGGAGAUUCCCCGAAGGUUCCUCGUCUGGAAAUCGCUCAUUGCUUUUUGCUUUGUCCUCGCACAUCCGGAAAAGAGAAAAUGCGUGAGUGUAUUUCCAUCCAUAUUGGUCAGGCCGGAUGCCAGAUUGGCAAUGCAUGCUGGGAGCUGUAUUGCCUGGAACAUGGCAUCCAGCCGGACGGUCUGAUGCCGAGUGACAAGACCGCAGGAAGAGGAGACGAUUCCUUCAACACCUUCUUCAGUGAGACCGGUUCUGGAAAGCAUGUCCCCCGGGCCGUGUAUGUGGACCUGGAGCCCACUGUCAUUGAUGAGGUGCGCACUGGGACCUACCACCAGCUAUUCCACCCUGAGCAGCUGAUCAGUGGUAAGGAGGACGCUGCCAACAAUUAUGCGCGUGGGCACUACACCAUCGGAAAGGAGAUCAUCGAUCCUGUGUUGGAUAGGAUUCGCAAACUGGCUGACCAGUGUAAUGGCCUUCAGGGCUUCCUGGUUUUCCACAGCUUUGGUGGAGGCACUGGUUCUGGCUUCACCUCCCUCCUGAUGGAGCGCCUGUCUGUCGACUACGGCAAGAAAUCCAAGCUGGAGUUCUCUGUCUACCCGGCUCCGCAGGUGUCCACAGCCGUGGUGGAGCCUUACAACUCCAUCCUGACCACCCACACCACCCUGGAGCACUCAGACUGCGCCUUCAUGGUGGACAACGAGGCCAUCUACGACAUCUGCUGUCGGAACCUGGACAUUGAGCGCCCCACCUACACCAACCUGAACAGACUGAUGAGUCAGAUCGUGUCCUCCAUCACGGCUUCUCUUCGUUUCGAUGGCGCGCUCAACGUGGAUCUGACCGAGUUCCAGACCAACUUGGUGCCUUAUCCACGUAUCCACUUCCCUCUGGUCACUUAUGCCCCUGUCAUCUCUGCUGAGAAGGCUUACCACGAGCAGCUGACCGUAGCUGAAAUCACCAACGCUUGCUUUGAGCCAGCCAAUCAGAUGGUGAAAUGCGACCCUCGCCACGGCAAGUACAUGGCCUGCUGCCUUUUGUACCGUGGAGAUGUGGUGCCCAAAGACGUCAACGCUGCCAUCGCCAACAUCAAAACCAAGCGCACCAUCCAGUUUGUGGACUGGUGCCCCACUGGUUUCAAGGUGGGCAUCAACUACCAGCCUCCCACUGUGGUUCCUGGUGGAGACAUGGCCAAGGUCCAGAGGGCUGUGUGCAUGUUGAGCAACACCACGGCCAUCGCAGAGGCCUGGGCUCGGCUCGACCACAAGUUUGAUCUGAUGUACGCCAAGCGUGCCUUCGUUCAUUGGUAUGUGGGUGAGGGCAUGGAGGAGGGAGAGUUCUCUGAGGCCAGGGAGGACAUGGCUGCAUUGGAGAAGGAUUAUGAAGAGGUCGGAACAGAUUCCAUUGAAGGAGAGGGAGAGGAAGAAGGAGGAGAAUAUUAAAAUGGCCACCUGAAACUAGUUCUGUGCUUUCAGUCUUUCUUGGUCUGUUCUGAUGUUUUUCCGACUUUUCUUUCAAGAACUUUGAGUUAACGUUUUAUAGAGCACAGCCAACUUUGUCGGUGGCAAGGUAUUGUUUAGGAUUGGAAUAUACCUACUUGUUUUUAACUUUACAUUCCUAUUUCUAGAUAGAAACCCAUUGUAUCUUUGUUGUUUAAUCAAUACAUGUCUGUGAAUGAAUAGGAAAAGACCUUAAGUCUUUACUAACAUUACUAUCAGUAGUAAUGUCAAUUCUCUGUCUUGCCUUAUUGGAUUUAAUGUGUUAAAAUAGUUGAAAAGCCAAUUCUUGUUUUGGCAAAUAUUUGAAUAGUUGCCCUGUGCUUGUUACCAGGGAUCGGUUGUAAUUCUUUAGAACAUGCAGUGUUUAUAUUGUGAAUUGGAAAUAUGUUGUGUAAUUUGUUCAACAAUAAAAACUAAAAACUGGA